AUGAAUUUCAACGGAAAUUUUAAUUCCAUAGACGACGAAUUAGGAUGGCAUAUAAACGCCGAAUGCAACGACGAUUUCGCUUGUAAACUGACAGAAAAGCUGGGAAAACGCUUGGACGAACACGAGAAAUGCGAGAGGAAAACACGAAAGGAACGGCAUGCAAUUUUCUCGCAAUGUUUUGAAGAAAUCAUCCGGCAUAACGGCUGUUUUGGUUCGCUGUUGUCCGAGAUAAAAGUCGAAUACGAAAAUUGUAUCGGGGCGGUCCUUCGAGGCGAGCGGGACGCAGACUUUCUUUAUCGAAACCUGACGAGCUGUAUCUCAGGAUUUGGAACCAUCAAAAACUACAAGCAGCAAAUAAAAGAUUUGGAAAAAAAGUUUCGAAUGUUGUUGGAUCAGAACGCGCGUUUGAGACAAAAAUCCAACUUGGAAAUUAAGACAAUGAAGCAGAAAUCGGAACUAAUACUACACGAAAUUAACAAGUCCAUCGCUACAAUUCGCGCGCGAAGUUUUCACAGAAAAACACCAACGAAGAACGAGCAAGGUUUCGGGAAAUUUCGCUUGAAAGUUUUGGAAAGAUUCACUUGUAGCGAGCAGACGAAUAUAGACUUUUUAAACGAAGAGUUACAGCGAUUACGAAAAGAAAUUCAGGAAUUGGUGAAGUUUUUUGACAAGCGUUUUAAGCUGAGGAAGACUAAGGAUAACCUCAUAGAGAAACUUAUGGUAAAAGAACAAACGAGAAACGAUCUCAAGGAACAAGGUUGGUAAUUGUCGAAUUCAGAGGAUGUUGUUGCCCAAUUCACAACUAAAGCGACUCUCAUUGACUUUGAACUGCAUGGUUCAAAUCUUGAUGAGAGUUUUCGCUUACGCGCGCGAUAAUAUCUAGUCAACUCUCAUGCAACUCUUGUUCUCGUUUGACCAGGGCAUGAGGGUUGAUAAAACUCUCAUGGAAACUCUCGCUUCUCCAAACUUUCAUCAAAACGGGAGAGCCUAUACUUAUAUGAAACUCGACUUACAUAUAUAUGUUCUUAAGCAACCCUACCCUCAAACUUCAGUAGCUCAGCAGCAAAGAAUUAUUAUGUAACUACAUGUACUUCCCCAGGUGAUAUGCUGAAAGCGAAGUUGUUAAAACUGGAAGGUAGACUUAAGGAAGAACGGAAGCAAAGAGAUUUGGACAUGUUGCAAAAACCAAAGACGAUUGUCGAGUUGAUUUUACUCGCGCUGAAACAUGGCGAGGAUGACUUUAUCGAUGGAAUAGAAGGUAAAGUUUAUGUUUAAAUGUUCAAUUCUUUUUUUUACUAUAGUUAACAGAGUUGAUAAGAGCGCCUUGCGGAUCGCAAGCUUUCCAAUAAUAAAUAUGUGGUGUUUACAUAAACCACAAGGAUAGUAAAGUUUAGGUAACUAUGUUUUUUAAGCUGUACUCGUUGAUUUGGUAAAUCAUUGUUCGUAGCAAAAACUUCCAUUUCCCCUGCAGACGAGCUGGUGGACUCAGACGAUGAAGACGACAACUUUGGCGAACAAGAACACGAGGAAAUGGUUGAAUACAUGGACAAGUUUGAACAACUUUUCACACGCGGUUGUUACGAAGAAGCCGCCAUUGUUGCUGCAAGUUCCCCACAAGAUAUCCUGCGUACUGCUCAAACAUUUGAACGUUUUAAGGAAGAAAAGGCUCAUCCAGGCGAGAAGUCACCGCUGCUGUACUACUGCGAGGCUGUGAUAGUGAACAGCGGAAACCCCGGUCAGAAAGGGCUAACUGCUUCGGAAUCUGUUGACGCGGUGGUCCGCGCUUUGGAAGAGCGUAGACAAGAUUUGGUCAUCAUGUGGUUGUCACAGAAGAAGUUGAAAUAUUCCGAUGUGCUCGGCGAGAGCAUUGUAGCAUUUUGUAGGUGUGGUCAGGUCUGCGCCUGUGGUUGUUACAUGUUAGCAGAAGCGGUAUACAGGCACACGAAGGCUCACGGGAAGGUCGUGUCGUGCUUGUGUCGUCAGGGUCGACUGCACAUGGCCGUGCAUCACGCCAGGAAUGUAGCAAAAUUUCGGAAAGCCGAUUUCGUGCGAAUCCUCGAAGAGUACCCGAGUUUCAGCCAUGCGGAGAUCUUGCUACUUGUGGGAGAUGGGUAUUUGUCGUCUCCGUUAUGUCGUGAGGAGUGUAUGGCGUCAUUAGUUCGUGCGUGCCGACCACGUGACGCGGUAAGAUUGGUCUCACCUCUGCACGAUCGAAUCCAAUGUGCUAAGAUUGUACCGUAUAUUUGUACGCAGCAGGAAGUGGCCUGGGCUGAAUUUUGCGAGAUUUUGCUAGAGCGAGGUUUCGUCUCUGCUGCCAGGGACGUGGUGAGUGCCUGGAUCUUGGCUCGCGCGUUUUAUACCGCCAUCCUUAAGAUUGGAUUGUAG